UCGCUCAGCCCAAUCCAAUGGUACAACAACAACAACAACGAAGACAAGAAGAAGAAGAAGCGGCAAAUGAGUACCUGAAGACCUAGACACACAGAGAGAUCCCAAAAGAUAUAUAUACAAGAGAGAUGUUGGGAGCGGUGCAGCUGGGCGUGAUGGCGGCGUGCGUGGUGCUCUUUGUGCCCAUGGGAAUGGCAGGCUGGCACCUCAGCCGCAACAAGAUGCUCUUCUUCAGCGGCGCUCUCUUCAUCACCCUCGCCGUCGGCGUCCACCUCACCCCUUACUUCCCCUCCAUCUCCGACCUCGCCUCCUCCGUCUCAUCCUUCGUCGUCUUUGACUCCCGCGUCUCCUGCCUCUCCCUCCUCCACGACAUCGUUUGGCGCUCCCACGAUAGGUCCUGGGCCUGGUCCUCCUCUCGACCCGUUUCCGCAUGUGCCUUCCAGAAGCUCGCCCCGCCCGACGCCUCUGAUUUGCUCAACGGCUCCUGGGUCGUCGUCGCGGGGGACUCCCAGGCGAGGCUGCUCGCCCUCUCGUUGCUCCAAUUGGUUUUGGGUUCCGACCGCACGGACUCGGUCAAGGCCGAUUUGUUCAAGCGGCACAGCGAUUAUCAGAUCAUGGUGGAUGAGAUUGGUUUGAAAUUGGAUUUCGUUUGGGCUCCUUUCGUGACCAAUUUGUCCGAUAUGGUCGUUGGUUUCAAGCGGAAUCGGAACUACCCAGAUGUGUUGGUCAUGGGUUCGGGGCUGUGGCAUAUGCUUCAUUACACGAACGCCUCGAAUUACGGUAUUGGGUUAGAGCGGUUAAGGAGUUCGGUGGUGUCCUUGUUGCCCAUUUCGCCGGAAUUAGGUGUCGACGGGCCAGUGGCGGGGUCGUUAUCGGUCCGAUCGCCCCAUUUGUUCUGGAUUGGGGUUCCCACGCUGAUAAACUCGAUGCUGAAUACGGAGAAGAAGAGGGAGAGGAUGACCGAUGCAAUGCGGGUCGCUUACGACGAAGCGCUUCGGAGUAGUAAGCUAUUGCGGCGGUCGGGUGGGCCGCUGUUUUUGCUGGAUAUACAAUCGUUGAGUUGGAAUUGUGGGGUGAGGUGUACGGAGGAUGGGAUGCACUAUGAUGGGGUCGUUUACGACGCUGCUCUUCAUAUCAUGCUCAAUGCAUUGCUCAUUCAGUCUCAUCAGAGGCUCUGAAGGAAGGAGAUUGAUUAAGUCAUUUGAUGACCCAACAUAUAUUCGUCAAGGAUUUUGAUCCUUGUGAGAGUUUGAGUUCUUCCCUCUGAACUUGCAUCUUAUUGACUUUUGCCAAUUUAAUUCUGAUUAACUUAGGAGCAGAAACUUUUUUUUAAUAUUAUUUUUUGGCGAUAUAGUAAUCAAAUAUUCAAAUUCAUUUUCUCUUAUUCAUUAUGAAGAUUGGAUACUGAU